UAUCAGUGUGUCUGGGUUCCUCCUCUUCCAAGAUGCUGAAGGAUUGUAUGUUGUUUUGGCAACUAUGUGAAGAACAACACGUCCGUAUCAAGUCUGUAUAAUAUCAACAAGUCAAGAUGGAAGACGAAGCAAAGAUGCAAAAAUGUCAUCUUUUGGAUUUGCCAUGGGAAGAUGUACUAGUCCCACAUAUUUUGUGCUAUUUGCCAUUACAACACCUUGUCAGCCUGCAGAGGGUCAGCAAACAGUUUCACAGCCUCAUCCAGGUGUAUCUGUCCAACUGCAGGACCUUUGACCUGUCUUUGAUUGGACCAUGCGUUCCUAGGGAAGCAUUUUGCUCCAUGUUGAAGGACAACAAAGUUCUACAGAAUCUGUCAAUCCAGAACUGUUCAGACUGGAUGACCGACCACGAGCUGCUGCCGGUUAUCGGCCAGAACCAGCAUCUGCUCAGACUGAACCUGCAUGGCUGCCUUUGGCUCACCCGCCAUUCCCUGGUGGCCGUGUCCUUGAGCUGCACACACCUGCAGCACCUCGGCCUGGCCCACUGCGAGUGGGUGGACAGCCUGUCCCUGCGCAGCCUGGCUGACCACUGCAGGGCGCUGCAGUCCAUCGACCUCACAGCCUGUCGCCAGCUCAAGGACGACGCCAUCUGUUACCUGGUCAAGAAGUGUUUGGAGUUGAAGUCGCUUUCUCUGGCAGUUAAUGCAAAUGUCACUGAUGAGUCGGUGGAAGAAGUGGCCAAGAACUGCAGGGGCCUGGAGCAGCUGGACCUGACAGGCUGCCUGCGGGUCAGGGACCAGUCCAUCAGGACUCUUGCAGAGUACUGCCCCAAGCUGCAGUCCCUCAAGGUGAAUCACUGUCACAAUGUGACCGAGUCAAGCCUGGAUCCUCUACGGAAACGCAACGUCGUGAUCGAUGUAGAGCCGCCUCUACAGCGAGCGCUGGUGCUUCUUCAGGAUGUGCUCGGAUUUGCUCCCUUUAUCAAUCUGCAGAUAUAGCCAAAAGGCCAAGUGUCAGCUCACGGUGCACACAGAGAGGUCUUAUCUGCUGUUAGGGGUGGGUGGUCUGGUCUUACAGAUGUCCGCAACCUCGCAUUUCAGUGAAUCGCACACACGUUAGUUUAUGUCGUACCAAACCUCAAAUCAUAACUUCAUAGGAGAAAAUGUAGAUUAAUGCUACUUUAACAAUGCAUUUGAGCUCUAAAAGUCUGUUUUUGAUAGUUUGUGAUGUAUGGUCUCAAAAGCAGCAGUUUAGUGGAUAAAGGUCUUCUUAAGAAACCAAAACAAUUGCAGCUGAGUGAAGCAAUGGAGAAGUUGACAAAGCAUUAUCGAGGUAGCAAAUGUAGGAGCACUUACUUUUUAUUUUACCAAAAUACAUGAUACUGUUUAAAGUGAUAGAAACCUGGAUAUUAAACAUACUUAGGCUGUAGAUCCACUCCAUUGACAGAAGACUGGAGGAGAAUUGACAUGCGAUGAACUCUAUUUAUCCCCUAUUUAAUUGGCCUUUCAUUUAAUCUCAAAUAAAAUUUUAUGGAGACAAAAAUCAAAACAAAUAAUUAGUUCAUUAUUUACAGGACCGCUAUAGUCAUAAGCAGUGAUAGGGUCGAGCCGAAGUCAGUCGUAACAUAAUUUUCAGUCUGUUUGGUGAAGAGGGUGACCUGACUGUAACGUAAUAUGCAAACGAAAUAUCCCAUUAAGUGUCAGAAUUUGACCAGUGCAAACUUUAUGAAUCUCCUUUUAAAGAAGAAUACUUGAAUUUUUAUUAUCUUAUGAUACUAAGUUAUUGUUCCGUGCCGACUGUACUCAUUAAGUCUUAAUUUUAAUUAUCUCAUAAACUCAGGUAUUGAGAUGUAAAAUGGUAAUAGCUCUAUCUCUAAUGUUGUGUUUUAAUCCAUCGUCUGUACAUUUCAAAAUGGAGCAGAAAGAGUUUAGUUCAAACACACAGAUAGUUACAGUCUGAUCUUUUGACCAGAUCACCCACACAUCUGUUGUAUA